UCAAACUAACUAUAUAUAUCCUGUGGCUGUGACUCCCACGCAGCGCUCGUCCCACGGUGCCUUGAUUAACUGUCACGCUUUUCCGUAGCCAUUGUUCGUUGCUUGCCCCGCUCGCUCUCGUCUUGUUCCGUAGUACUGCCCGUGGGCCGUGGCUUCUUCCCAUCUCCUCUCUUUGCUUCUCGCGCGCGCUUUUCUUGUGGCCACCGCUGUUUCAGCUCCCCACUUGUCCGGCUCGCGCACCGACUGUUCGACGAAAUGCCUGAGCCAUGCUCUCCUUCAAUCCGGCUUCCCCCCACUUCGUCGUGCUGCGCCAUUUCUUCCUAGACGCCGGCGCUCGCGCUUAUCCGCCUCCUCUCCUCUUGGUUUUCGACCCGAGAACCAGAAGAAGGAGAGCUGGGGCGGAGGUCUUGACGUUGAAUCUCGUCUCGCCUUCGAAGAGCGGUUCGUUGCUGGGGAAACCUGAUAACGGUAGGAGGAAACGUCGUCCUGUUCGUGGGGGUUCUGGGUUUGCGAGGAGGUGCAAGAGGAACGGGGAAAGGGAAGGGGAUUGGGAUUUGGAGGCUGAGAUUUUUGAGUUCAUGAGGGAUUCUGGGAACCCCGACUUGUUUCCCACCAAGAAACAGCUGAUUGAUGCGGGGAGGAUGGAUUUGGUCGAAGCCAUUCUGCGGCAAGGUGGAUGGCUUUCGUUGGGCUGGGAUUUGGAUGGCGAGGACGAAAGUAUGGUUCAGGAUGACUGCGACUUUAGGGAUUUUGGGUCUGCGAAAUCGGACGAUUUCGACUACGGGAUACUUCAAGAAAGGAUUAAUGAAAAUCAAGAGAGCUUAACUUUGGAGGGCAAUGGCAGCCCGGGGGUUUCUCCAUUUUCUUCUAAUUUCUCUGGUUCAGUUUCUUCGUCCUGUGGAUCCACAAAAUCCGCUGUUCCUCUCCCGCCUGCUGCUAGUCCAAGUUGUAAUCGGGGAUCUUUAUCCGAGGAUAAUUCUGGAAUUGAAGGCAUAUUGAGUCGGCUGGAGAUAGAGAGAGAUAUAACAUUCGGUGUUGGAUUGAGAGGGAAGGGAAGUGAUGUUAGAGAUGAUUGGCUUGUCAGAACUCAAGCUGAUGAAACAGUUGCUAGACGUGAAAGUAGCAGCGAAUCUACCUCAUUAAACUCCAAGGACAUCAUCAAUGAGACAGGGAGAAAUUUCAGUCAACACAGGACUUCUUUGGAUAUUAAUAUUGCGAGAAACUCACUUCAGCCAGGUACAUGGAGAACAUGGAGUUCUCAAAGGGUUGGAUGUGUAAAUUCUGAUUUUGAAGCUGCUGAAAUAGAUGUCGCAGCAUAUAGACUCGAUAAAGACAAGGAGUUCAAAAAAAGUGAUAUUCUUAAAUUGAGGGAGAUAAAUGGUGAUCCUUUAAAUAGACAGAAAGAGUCUAACAUUUCUGCUGGAGAAGCUAAUCAUAAUUUCAUAAAGGAUCGGCUUCAGCACUUAGAGUUGGAGCUUUCGUCUGUACUUAGUUCCUUGAGAUCUAAAUCUACCAUGGACGAGCAGGAGAAUCUCGAGAGCAUCUCUGAUGACCUGCAGGAACUUUCUGAUGCUUGGGAGUUUCAAGAAAAUGAGAUCAUGAAUUCCAAAGACAAAAUGCGUUCUAUGCGUGCAAAGUUAGCUGUUCUUGAAGGAAAGAUGUCUCUGGCGAUUAUAGAUGCUCACAAGAUUGCAGAAGAGAAACAGAGGAAGAUUGAUGAUGCUCGUAGAGCUCUACAAGUUCUUCGGACGGCUUGCAUAGUUUGGCCAAAUUCAGCCACAGAGGUGCUUUUAGCUGGGUCAUUUGAUGGUUGGGCCACUCAGAGAAAGAUGGAGAAGUCAAGCACCAUGGUUUUCUCUGUUUGCCUCAAAUUGUAUCCUGGAAGAUAUGAGAUAAAGUUCAUAGUCGAUGGAGUAUGGAGGAUUGAUCCAUUGCGGCCAAUUGUUCAUAACAACGGAUAUGAGAAUAACUUGCUCAUUAUCACAUAGCCAUCCGAAAGAGAGAGCUGACACAAACAUUUGCUCGAGAAGAUUCAAUAUCCUUUAACCGAUGGAGGAUGAUUACAUAGAUCUUUCUGCCCUUUUCUUUUACACAAUUGUAAAGCUAUGCCAGGCGUUUGAUAUAUAUUUAUAUCUCUUUUAACCGCAUUGAUUGCCAUCUUAUUCUAAUGAAGGAAUUUCUACA